CACCUCACUCUCUUAGUUUCACCACUUGAACUUGGGACACACCGCUGCCCUCAGCUCCUAGUACCGGGAGAGCGUGGAGCCAGUACUGGAGGCGAAUUCUGGGUGAGCUCCAGGGCGGUGGUCGGCAAACUGGGUAUGAACCUAGAGGGCGGCGGCCGAGGUGGAGAGUUCGGCAUGAGUGCGGUGAGCUGCGGCAACGGGAAACUCCGCCAGUGGCUGAUUGACCAAAUCGACAGCGGCAAGUACCCGGGGCUUGUGUGGGAGAACGAAGAGAAGAGCAUCUUCCGUAUCCCGUGGAAGCACGCGGGCAAGCAGGACUAUAACCGCGAGGAGGACGCCGCCCUCUUCAAGGCUUGGGCUCUAUUUAAAGGAAAGUUCCGAGAAGGCAUUGAUAAACCAGACCCUCCUACCUGGAAGACACGUUUGCGAUGCGCUUUGAACAAGAGCAAUGACUUUGAGGAAUUGGUUGAGAGGAGCCAGCUGGAUAUCUCUGACCCAUACAAAGUGUACAGGAUUGUUCCUGAGGGAGCCAAAAAAGGAGCAAAGCAGCUCACCCUGGAGGACCCACAGAUGACCAUGAGCCACCCCUACCCCAUGCCGGCAUCUUAUACCCCACUCCCGGCCCAGCAGGUUCAUAACUACAUGAUGCCACCCCAUGAUAGAAGCUGGAGGGAUUAUGUCCCGGAUCAGCCUCACCCAGAAAUCCCGUAUCAGUGUCCAAUGACGUUUGGUCCCCGUAGCCAUCACUGGCAAGGCCCAGCUUGUGAAAAUGGUUGCCAGGUGACAGGAACCUUUUAUGCUUGUGCCCCACCUGAGUCCCAGGCUCCUGGAAUCCCCAUAGAGCCAAGCAUAAGGUCUGCUGAAGCCUUGGCGCUCUCAGACUGUCGACUGCAUAUCUGCCUGUACUACCGGGAAAUCCUGGUAAAGGAGCUGACCACAUCUAGCCCUGAAGGCUGCAGGAUCUCCCAUGGACACACCUACGAUGCCAGCAACCUGGACCAGGUCCUGUUCCCCUACCCAGAGGACAAUGGGCAGAGGAAGAACAUUGAGAAGCUGCUGAGCCACCUGGAGAGGGGUGUGGUCCUCUGGAUGGCUCCAGAUGGACUUUAUGCCAAAAGACUAUGCCAGAGCAGGAUCUACUGGGACGGGCCCCUGGCACUGUGUAGCGACCGGCCCAACAAACUGGAGAGAGAUCAGACCUGCAAGCUCUUUGACACGCAGCAGUUUCUGUCAGAGCUGCAAGCAUUCGCGCACCAUGGCCGUCCCCUGCCAAGAUUCCAAGUGACCCUGUGCUUCGGGGAGGAGUUUCCAGACCCUCAGAGGCAAAGGAAGCUCAUCACGGCUCACGUGGAACCUCUGCUAGCCAGACAACUAUAUUAUUUUGCUCAACAAAACAGUGGACAUUUCCUAAGGGGCUACGAUUUACCAGAACACAUUAGCAGUCCAGAGGAUUACCACAGAUCUAUCCGACAUUCCUCCAUCCAGGAGUGAAAAAACUGUCAAAACAACUAAGUUUGUUUCAUGAUAAGUACCAAGCUUUGACAAGGACAGCUAAUUGACCACCCUCUUCUUCUUUUGAGCUCAUCAAGAAUAUGUACAGCAACCCAGCAGUAUCUGAUUGACAGAUGCACUUAUGCAUCUACCAGAUCAAGCAGAUUUUUCCUGUGUUUCUAUUGACUGUCAUCAUUGGCAAUAACUGUGAAAAUUACCAAGUAAUGUGUUUACAUUUACUUCAAUGCUGGGUUACUUCUUACUUGAAGACUGAGAAAACUUGUAUUUCAGCAUCGAACUACCAAUUCUUGUGAGAAAAGCACUUAAGUGCUCUAUCAUUUCUCAGGGAAAUAAAAUCUAAAUUAGAGACUACUCUAACCGAUCCCCCCCCCCCCCCGCAAGAAGUGUAUUCAUGUGUGCAGUAGCUGUAAUUCUCAUGGGAAAUGAUUGCUGAAUGAAUGGACCAGAAUCUUGGCCUGAGGCUGAGCCAUAGUGCUCUGGGCUGACCCAUCUCCCCAUCUGCGUGGGGUCUUCUCAGGGUGGGCCCUGGGGUCUUCUCAGGGUGGGCUCCACCCUGCAUCACAUUUGCUUCCUCUCCUGGCUUCCCCUGGAAGCCAGUUGGUAGUCUCUGUUGCCAUUUUCUUGAGCCAAAAAGCAUUAGGGCUACUCUUGGAUGGGAGAUUUUUGUCUGUCCUACAUUCUAGUAAUAAUGACUGAUUACAUUUUUUUUUCAGUUUGUCUUUUUAUUCUUUGUAUUUCAUUCUUUUGAAAUUGCUAAACAUUUUUCUUAAAGAAGAAGAAAAAAGGCAGAUUAUUAAUAAUCUGAGUGCCAAAAAGGAUACAUUUUCAAAGCUCCAUGACAUUUCCCCUCUUUUGUUUGUUUUGUUUGGCUCUUGGAUGGUAUCCAUGGCGAUACUAAGGAGGAGGAGCCAGUGGCCCAGGUUGUGAACUUGUCAGGACACCCGACCAACUGAUUGCAUAACUGCAGACUCAGUGGGCUGUUUCUGCUUAUUUUGUGUAUUAGAUGCUUCCUCAUGCCAACAGUAGUUUGACAAGGCCUUAAAAUCACUGAGCUUUUUCUAAAUACUUUUUUUUAAGUGAGAAUUCCAAAGAUCCCCACUUGCUUUUGCAAACCUCACUCCUUACUUUCUUGCUUUUUCAUUAGACUGGAGUGCUCCCAUAUUUUUUUUCUCCUUCUACAAAAUAAUUGCUUUUAUUUCCAGGCUCAGAGUUGAUAGUUCUCAAAUAAUGUGCCAAUCCUCCCCUAAUGUUUAGUCUUUUAAUUCAUUCAACAACAUAUUAAAUGCCUGCUGUAUCCCUUGUGUUACACAGAUUAUAGCAUUUAUCAAGUUCAGGAAGCAAUCAAGUAUUGGGGUGCAUUUUUAAAAAUUUUUACAAAAGGGAUUUUUAGUACUAAAAAAAUACAUAUUAACUACAGAAAAUGUGAGCAAUCUAGAAGAAGAAAAAACAAAAGCUUUUUUUUUCAAACCAAAUCCCCCUCCCUAGAAGCAGCCACAAAGAAGAAUUCAAUUUAUUCUUCCAACACACUUCAGUUUUCUAUAAGUAUACAUAAACUUAAGAAUCGUUGUGGGAUUCCAGUGCAAUGUCCUCAGUUUGGUUUAAGAUAUCUCAGUAGCCCCACAGCAAGGAUUUGUUGGUCAGCCAAUAUAGGCUCCACAAACUGCAGCAAUUUAUACAUCUUAUAGAUGCAUAGUAUUUUGGGAUAUAUUAUCCUAGGAGGAUAGGAAAUAAAAUUAGAAACUGCUGUUUUCCAGGGCACCCAGCCUGUGGUCUUGCUCACUGGAUGAUAUUUAACCCACUGCACCUCCCUGAAGCUCCUUAGAGUCUCUCUCAAGUGAAGUAGAUACUGGAUUUUUAAUUACUGUGUGAAAUAUAUAUAGUUCAUAUAUA